AUGUCAUUCAUUAUCAAUUUCGAUAUCCUCACUGUCUCUAUCUAUAUGGGCCGAAGGUCAAAUUACGCUGAAAACAAAGUAUUGAUAUACCGUAAAAUCUAUCUAUCUAUCUAUCUAUCUAUCUAUCUAUCUAUCUAUCUAUCUAUCUAUCUAUCUAUCAUAUUAUCACUGUGUAUCUAUAUGUUAUUAAAGUGCUGGUCAAAAACCAGUAAAAUAUUCACCGGGAUCAUUUAUAUAUUUCUGUUUUCCAUUCUUCCCUUACGUGGAGUACUGUCACAAGCUGAUUUCAACCCUUGGGAUUCAGAAGAACCAGCCUCUGGAACCCUCCGACUUGUUGGUGACACAAAGAAUUCAGGAAGAUUAGAAAUUUAUUUCAACGGCGAAUGGGGAAACAUUUGCAAUGAGGGCUGGAGCAAAAAAGAAGCUAAUGUUGCAUGCAGGAGUUUGGGAUUAACAAAUGGUAAUGGCGAGGUUCUUCCAGUGUCUGAAGGAAACUGGAACAUAUUACUUACUAAUGUCAUCUGUACAGGAGAGGAAUUAUCAAUCCUUCAGUGUUCCCAUGACAACUUUGAACCAGAUAACUGUAAGGACAAAUCAGUUGCUGGUGUUACCUGUGAAAAUGUGGUGAAUUCAGUUGGAUACGCAAAUUCUAGCGUAUUUUGCGAUUUUGAGGCAGGAACUUGUGGUUUCACUGACGUGGGUAGUAGUGCCUUCAAGUGGUUGCGAAAACGUGGCCGCACGCCUUCAAGUAAUACAGGUCCUUCCAGUGAUCAUACAUAUGAAGAUGAAAUUGGUAUAUCCCCAAUUCAACCCUACUGGACUACAUGGAGACCAGCAUCAGGACGUACAUUUGGAGCCAUGAACUAUACAACAUCAAAAGGCAAGACAUAUUUUUUAUUGCAUAAUGAGAGAGCAAUUGAUAGUGUAUAA